GUCCGAUAUAUCAUUAACAGUUUAAUUUUCUACAAAACAAGAUUUUUGGGUGGUUUUAGUUUCAGCGGAGGAAAGAUAAAAUGUUGGGAAUUUUCAGCGGAGCUAUAGUAUCCUUGCCGGAAGAGCUAGUGGCCGCCGGCAACCGAACUCCGUCGCCGAAGACAACCGGAUCGGUUCUAGUCAACAAGUUCGUCGAGAAAAAUCCCUCUGCCGUGUCAGUACAAGUCGGCGACUAUGUGCAGCUUGCGUAUAGCCACCACAAAGAGAGUCCUCUCCGACCAAGGUCAUUUGGGGCUAAGGAUGAGAUAUUCUGCUUGUUUCAAGGUUCACUUGACAACCUAGGAAGCUUGAAGCAGCAAUAUGGGCUUGCAAAGAAUGCAAAUGAGGUUCUCUUGGUCAUUGAGGCUUAUAAGACUCUCCGUGACAGAGCUCCUUACCCGGCCAACCACGUCGUGUCUCACCUAAGUGGUGAUUUCGCCUUUGUGGUUUUUGAUAAAUCAACUUCCACUCUGUUUGUAGCCUCUGACCAAGAAGGUAAGGUUCCAUUGUAUUGGGGGAUAACAGCUGAUGGGUAUGUGGCAUUUGCUGAUGAUGUUGAGUUGCUAAAAGGUGCUUGUGGCAAAUCUCUUGCCUCUUUCCCUCAAGGCUGUUUUUACUCGACUGCGUUAGGUGGGCUUAGGAGCUUUGAGAACCCUAAGAACAAGAUCACUGCCAUUCCUGCUAAAGAGGAAGAGAUUUGGGGAGCCACCUUCAAGGUGGAAGGAGCAGCAGUUCUUGCAGAUGGAGAAUGAGGAAAAAAAAAGAUCCAUCUGUCGUAAUAAUAAUGUAGAGAAAAAAAAAAGAAGCUGUUCUAUGAGUUCUUUUAAGCUAUCAAUGGUUGAUGAUGUUAUGUGGUGUACUGGUGUUGUAUCUCUAAUGUCUUUUGCUUCUCUGUACAGCCCGUGUCUGUCUUUUCUCGUGUUUUAGUAUCUUCGUCCCAAUAAGUUAUGUUUCAUGGACCCAAAACAAACCUUCUCUUGAUCCUUUUAAUCUCAUGUUCAGAACUUGUGUUUCUUCAGUAAAUCUCGCAGUUCUCAGUCUGUCUACAUUCUUAAACAUAGACCUCUAAGAAGUUAUAUUGAGAUAGGCAGAAGAUGGGUUCCUGAGUAUUGAGUAGUAGUCUUUAUUUGGUAAUCACAACAAACUUUCUAUUCUCUGAUGAAGAAGCUUCAGUAAUAAACAA